CUCACUAAUAAUUUGCAACUAUUGACUCCAUAAAUACUGAAAAUGAUCCUACACUUUUAAAUCUUGAGAAAUCUGAUCAACAGUAAUCAAAAGUACUAUGAGGUAUUUACCAGGAAUUCAAAUACUUGUUUUAGGCCUAAUUUUGGAUUUAGUUACAGGAGCUCCAUUAUUUGUGACAUUGUUCGAAACUGUCACUGCUCAAGCGACUCUAACAAAUACACCAAUAAUCCAGGCUACAUCUCCUAUUGCUGCUGAUGAUUUAUUUGCCACGUUGAUUCCAAAUGGGGCCCUAUCAGCUGCUUCAUCAGCAGCUCCGGCAGCAGCUCCAACAUCUUCAGAUUCCUCCUCACUCUCAACUACAAUUAGCCAAUUGUUCACCAGUUCUUUUUGGAACAAGUGGUAUCUGUACUUUUUAGCAGCAUUCAAUUCCAGCUCAUCACCAACCCCAGUUACUGAACAAGCAACACCAUCAGAAGCCGUGCCAUCAUUGUCAACAGUGAGUAUUAUACAGCAAACAAUUCCUACAGCUGCCAGCUACCCAUCAAGUCCACAAUCCUCAGUGACAUCUAUUUUGCUCCAGUCAAUUAUACCAUCUUUUCCUGCUAGUGUAGAAGCUGCAAGUACUUCUCCGUUAUCAUUAUCACCAGUUAGCACAUAUACACCAUCUACUUUUUCCACUAGUACAACUUCUCAACUGGCUCAAUCAGAUUCAUCAUCUACUAGUGGGAUUUAUGAUGCUAUCUAUAACUCACCGGGAAUUGAUGUCAAUUUCGCAAGACUGAUUUUAGAUGCUCAUAAUACAGACAGAGCUAUUCAUCAAGUCGCUCCAUUAUCAUGGAAUACUGAUGCUUAUAACUAUGCACAAAAUAAUGCUAACAAUUACGAUUGUUCUGGUAUUUUAACUCAUACCCAUGGUCCAUACGGUGAGAACCUAGCUGCAGGCUUUGCAAAUGGUCCGGCAGCUGUUGAAGCUUGGUAUGUAGAGGGAGAAACAUAUAAUUACCAAACUGCAAACACUUAUGAUCAUUUUACUCAACUUGUUUGGAAAGGUUCUACAAGUGUAGGAUGUGCUUAUAAAAAUUGUCAAGCUGAGAAUUGGGGACUUUACAUUGUUUGCGAAUAUGAUCCACCUGGUAACGUUAUAGGCUACAAUCUGCAGAAUGUUUUCCCACCAACUUCUGCUACAUAAAAUUUUAAAAGAUUUGGUUCAUUUCAUUUUUCAUUUUUGUUUUCGAAUAUAUCCAUUCAUCUUAUAUAGUUAUAAAGGUUUUUUCUUAGGCUGA